AAACAAUAAGCCACACUCCUCAGCCACAGCCACAGCCAACGUCAGCUUCCCCUUGGAUCUUGUUCCAUCUGUCCAAACAUUCAGGGGACGAAACGCUUCCAUUCUUCUCCUCAUACGCUUCUCAAACCAUUUUCACAGUUCGAAGUCGGAUCUGGUCAAGCUCCUGCCGUUAAAAUUUUGUCCCUUCACAGGCCGGCUUGCCUCGAUCCUCUCCUCGAUCCCCGCUACUAUUCUGCCUACUUUGUCUUAUGACCUGCACUGCUUGAACCCCACCUGAGGCUUCAUACCUCAUUGAAAGCUACCAAUCCGAUAAAAAUGGCUUCUCUCAACCUUUCUACAAAUGGCGCGUCUAUCUCAAGGAGCUACCAAUCGGUGGUCAAUGCCCCGCCUCCGUCGGGAACGUCUGCCAACUCGCCAACCUACGGAGUUUGGGCUCUAUUUUCAGUCUCUGCUCCGCUCGUGAAUGCCUUCCAGCCGAAUGCUGGUGGAAAGGAAAGUGUUUUGAAAGUCCAAACAUCUGGUGAUGGCGAGCUGGCGGAUUUGAUUGAAGAAUUCUCCGAUGGUAAAGUCCAAUUUGCGUUCGUCAAAGUCCGGGAUCCCAAUACCGGCCUUCCAAAGAACGUUCUGAUUGCGUGGUGCGGAGAGGGUGUCCCCGAGCGGACCAAAGGAUACUUUACCAGUCAUUUGGCAGCUGUAUCCAAACUUCUUCAUGGAUAUCAUGUCCAGAUCACUGCUCGUUCUGCGGACCAUCUAUCCCCAGAGGGCAUAAUUCAGAAGGUUGCAGACUCCUCGGGCUCAAAAUACUCCUCAAACCUAGAAUCACAGCCAUCUGCACCAUCCAGCGUCCCCCCACCACACCCACCCAAGCCCAGUCAAGCGUAUACACCUACCCGAGUUGGCGGUUCCGCACCUGGGUUCAAUCCUCUUGCCGGGUCUCGGCCGUCCAAACCUGCUAACACCGAUGAGGAUGGAUGGGGUGAGGAUGCGCCACCUGUAACUCGAACUCAAUUGGAAAAGGUUGAGUCGGCAUACAAACCUACAAAGGUCAAUAUGAGAGAGCUCACCUCGCAAAAGCCUGAGCCGUCCCGGUUUUCGGCAGAACGGGAAGAGAGCGGCUCCGGCGCAAGCGAUGUCGUCAGGGGCGGCUACCAGCCUGUUGGUAAAGUCGACAUUGCUGCCAUCCGUCGGCAGGCGCAAGAAUCUGGAAACCUCUCCGAUGAUCGCCCUACUGCCGUCAAGGGCUCCUAUGAGCCUGUCGGUAAAGUAGACAUUGCAGCGAUUAGGGCAAAGGCUCAGCCACCGUCCGAGGAUGCUCCUUCUCUCCCAAGCGCACCUCCUGCUUCCAGCGCAGAACCCCCGCAAUCCAAAUCUAUUGCUGAUCGGUCAGCUGCGUUCUCGACUUCAGAGCGUCUAACUUCUUUGCCGAAACCCAAAGUGUCUAAUAGAUUUGGCGGCGCUGCCGGCACAUUCACAGGAACAAAGGCACCUGCACCGGUUGCAGCGAAGCCUGCGGCAGCAACAGCUGGUGCUCCCGCUGUCGGAGCUGCGAGUCGAGCCUUUGCCGAUGAAGGUGGUAAAACACCUUCACAGAUCUGGGCCGAGAAAAAGGCACGACAGCGUGCCGCUAGUGGAGCCGCUGACACUCAACCUUCGCCCUCUUACGGUGUACCAGCAUCUCCAUUGACCAGUCAGCCUUCUGGAGGAGAGUGGAAGAGUGGCUAUACCGGAAAGUCAUGGGCCCCCGUCCAGACAACCCACACCGGCAAGUCUGGGAGUAGCCUUGGACAGCAGCGUACCGGCCAGGACAAUGAAGAAGAGGAGCCAGAGGCACCCACGGCCCCUACUGCGGGUAUCGGCUCUCUCAAAGAUCGAUUCCAAGGCGCGCCGCCCAUGGGCGCCCCUGCGCUACCCAAGCAGCCUCCGAGAGAAGAAGAGCCUGCCGCGCCGAGUCCGCCACCGCUUGAGGCGUCAACCAAGCCUAAUGCAGGCGCUGCACGAGGCAUUCCAAUUCCGGGCCUGCCCACACGGGCGCCUGAGCCCGAACACGAGCCUGAGUAUGAGCCUGAGCCGGAGCCUGAACCUGAGCCGGAACCGGCACCACCUGCUCCUCAGGCUGCACCGCGGUUGCCGACCCCGCCACCGCAGCCACGCAGCCCUUCACCUCCCACGCCUCCAAUCAUGCGGUCUGGUUCUCCGAUCCAGAUUGCCAUGCCCGUUGGCCGCGGUAAGGCCGCAGAAAUUGAGCCCCCGGCCGAGCGCUUCUCCCCACCUCCCGUUCCAACCGAGUCUCUCGCCAAAGUUGUUCCGCAUGAGGAAGAGCUCACCGAAGAGCCCGAACACCACGACACGGCUCGCGAAGCCGGUGCUGUUGCUGCAGAAGCUACCUUUGGCCACGAGGCAGCCGCUGGCCCCGGCCCCGGCGCUCACGUAGGCGGCAAGCGUGCGCUGAUUCAAUACGACUACGAAAAGGCCGAAGACAAUGAAAUCGAUCUCGUCGAGAGCCAGUACGUUACAAACAUUGAAAUGAUUGACGAAGACUGGUGGAUGGGACAAAACGAAAAGGGCGAAACGGGAUUGUUCCCCAGCAAUUACGUCGAAGUUCUCGAGGACGAUGAAGCCGAGCAUGCUGCUGGCGGUGCUUCUCAUGCCUCUGUGCCCGAACCACCUCACCCUUUUCCUGCGGCCGAAGCCGCGCCUCCAGCCGGCCCUGCCCCAGGCGCCGUGGGCUCUACUCAGCACGGCGCCACCGCCCUAGCAAUGUACGACUAUGAAGCAGCAGAGGACAAUGAGCUUUCUUUCCCUGACGGCGCCAAGAUUACCAAUGUCGAGUUCCCCGACGACGACUGGUGGUUUGGCGAGUACAAUGGCAAAUCUGGUCUCUUCCCUGCCAAUUAUGUCCAGAUUGAGGAGUAAAACCGUCCUCUGCGGCACGUCGCUGUUAUUUGCUUUUUUUUCCCCCCUUUUUCCUUGUAGGAUGAUUGAAUCAAUUUCUACACUGUUUCUAUAUUUGCUUUACUUCUGUACUUGCUCUCGGUCUCAUCUCGUCAGUGAUCCCGCCUGAUCGCUUUUUCUUUUUCUUUUUUGUUUUCCUUGCGAGCGUGAUGGCCUGCGCUUCCAAUGCCAAAAUGAAAAGAAUUGCUCCGUCUAGUUUUAUUUUUAUCUAUUUAUUUUUUAUUCCUUUUUUUACAUUUGUGAAUCGCUGGACUGUAUUUUACUUUAUAUGCUGCUCAUAGUGUAAAGUCGUAAAGUUGAAUGCCCAUUUUGAAAUGUUCAAAUUACUUGUUACUUGGUCCAAUGAAACAUUGCUUGGUCAAGCAUCGUGGCGUGAAUUGUGCAUUGUGCUGUGCUGUGGGGUUUU